AUGAAGGUAACCAUUCAGAACUGGCAUUCCAUUUUUGCCUGGCACUGGGAUGUACCUGGUGACGAAGUUUGCGGAAUAUGCCGAGUCGCCUUUGAUGGAACCUGCCCUGUAUGCAAGUUCCCCGGAGAUCAAUGUCCAAUUGGUAAGUUUUUUGAUUGUCUUUUUUGUUUUGUAAUUUUGCGCUCACAUGUGGGCCAUGUACUGACUUUUUGCCCAGCAAUUGGCUCCUGCCAUCACUCGUUUCACAUGCAUUGCAUUUUAAAAUGGUUGGAUACAGACACUUCAAAGGGGUUGUGUCCAAUGUGUAGACAGAUAUUCACCUUGGAGAACUCCAAUAACAAGGAAGUCUUCGAAGCACUUAGUGGGAGGCCGUCCCCUUUGGAGGAAGGCAUUCUCGAACAGGAGGGAACGCCCGUCUAG